UGGGGCUCCUCGUCCCCCUCUGGGUCGCAGGCUGUCGGUCCUUUUGUCUGUGUCUGGGGAGGAGGCCAGGGGCUAGCUCUGGCCUGGGGCGGGGGCAGCCGAGGCUCAACCCCCUUACCCGGCUCCCCACCUUGGCGGGUCCUUUUUGUCCCUCCGGAGGUCUCGGCGCGAGGGGGAGGCGUUUGUGCCCCCGCCCUCCGCGCGUGGGCCUGGUCGCGCUCGAGCCGGGCGCGCGGGGACGGCCGGGGCGUCUGACAGGCUGGGCUGCAGCUGGGGGAGGGGAGGAUGGGCGUGGGAGAGCAGCCCGGAGGUAUCUGUCCCCGCUUCUUGGGCUCCGGCUCGCAGAAAAGCUUCUAAAUUUAGAUUUCAGAGAAGACUGUGUUGUCUAAGGGUUUGUCUGAGCCGCCUUGGAAGACCUCUGGGUCUUUUCUGCAGAUACAAAUCACUUGGAUUCAGGCGAGUUUACUUUGCUCCGUGGGAACUGCACCAGAGCUGGAGAUAUGAUAGAAGACUGCCUGAAAGCUGCUUCCUUUGCCACUUCCUGUGGAGGCCUGUCUUUGCCAUUUGCGGUUUCUUUCUUCUUUUGAUGCCUAAGAGUUUUGAGACAUUUCCUGUCUCAUAGGGAUGUGAUACCUUUGUUACCUCUGGGCAAGAUAACUUCUUGAAACACCAAAUGGAGGCUCCCAUUGACACAGACUGCAGAGCUUGACUUCUAGUGAGCAUGUGAUGUUAGCACCGUGCAAGGAGAUAGUAACAUAUCCAGUCGUGAAACUGGGAAAGGCCAGAACUCUCAGAUCUGGGAAACAUGUCCCGUCGGAAACAAACAAAUCCAAACAAAGUUCACUGGGAUCAAGUAUUUGCUGGGCUAGAAGAGCAAGCCCGCCAGGCGAUGAUGAAAACUGAUUUCCCUGGAGACCUUGGCAGUCAGCGACAAGCUAUCCAACAACUAAGAGAUCAGGACUCCAGUAGCAGUGACAGUGAGGGUGAUGAAGAGGAGACCACACAGGAUGAAGUCUCUUCCCACACGUCAGAGGAAGAUGGAGGGGUGGUCAAAGUGGAAAAAGAGUUAGAAAGCACAGAGCAGCCUGUUGGUGGGAACGAAGUGGUAGAACACGAGGUCACAGAAAAUUUAAAUUCUGACCCCUUGCUUGAACUCUGCCAGUGUCCUCUUUGCCAGCUGGACUGUGGGAAUCGGGAGCAGCUGAUUGCUCAUGUGUACCAGCACACUGCAGCAGUGGUGAGUGCCAAGAGCUACAUGUGUCCCGUCUGUGGCCGGGCUCUUAGCUCCCCAGGGUCACUGGGUCGCCACCUCCUCAUCCACUCGGAGGACCAGCGGUCUAACUGUGCUGUAUGUGGAGCCCGUUUCACCAGCCAUGCCACUUUUAACAGCGAGAAACUUCCUGAAGUACUUAAUAUGGAAUCCCUACCACCAGCCCACAACGAGGGCCCCUCCAGUGCUGAGGGGAAGGACAUUGCUUUCAGUCCUCCAGUGUACCCUGCUGGAAUUCUGCUUGUGUGCAACAACUGUGCUGCCUACCGGAAGCUACUGGAAGCCCAGACCCCCAGUGUACGCAGGUGGGCCCUACGUCGACAGAACGAGCCUUUGGAAGUACGCCUGCAGCGGCUGGAACGAGAGCGCACGGCCAAGAAGAGCCGUCGGGACAAUGAGACCCCCGAGGAGCGGGAGGUGAGGCGCAUGAGGGACCGCGAGGCCAAGCGCUUGCAGCGCAUGCAGGAGACAGACGAGCAGCGGGCACGCAGGCUGCAGCGGGAUCGGGAGGCUAUGAGGCUGAAGCGGGCCAAUGAGACCCCGGAGAAGCGGCAGGCCCGACUUAUCCGGGAGCGAGAGGCCAAGCGGCUCAAGAGGAGGCUGGAAAAAAUGGACAUGAUGUUGCGAGCACAGUUUGGCCAGGACCCUUCUGCCAUGGCAGCCUUAGCAGCUGAAAUGAACUUCUUCCAGCUACCUGUAAGUGGGGUGGAGUUGGACAGCCAGCUUCUGGGCAAGAUGGCCUUUGAAGAGCAGAACAGCAGCUCUCUGCAUUGAACCACACCCUCCUGGUUGCCCCCCUACCCACCUUCCCCACCCACAGCCACAGGGAUCAGUGCUGCGGCCAUCCACAAGGCCCUGUCUGCUGUCAGAGGCAGGCCUGGUGUGUUGCAGGUGGAUCUGUGUACCCCUUGCAUGUGGGAAGGAACAGGAUGAUGUGGUCAGGAGGGACCUGGCUCAAGGCAGCUCUGGACAGGGAGCAGGCACUCCAGAGAACUGGACUCCCCAGUCCACUGUGGCUGGCCAUGCUUAUAGGACCGUGGGGCCCCAGUGUGGCCUAUGAAAUUGUGAAGACAAAUAAAUUAAUUUUAUCUUUA